AUGGCCCGUCACCAUCUCAUCAUCCCGCCCCGCCCUCACACUCUUUUGACAUGUUUGAUCUUCCUGAGCACGCUCGGCCUGCUCUUCUACCUCCCAUUCAUGAAGAUCCGCGCAAGGACCUGCACGCCUGCCUUCAGACGUCCGGCCCAGCCGAUCUUCUUCAACACCGAAAACGGCCUGCUCGUCUUUGCCACACCGAUCCGGAAUAACACCAAGAUCAAGCAUCCCAUCGAAAGUCUGAUCACCAAUGCCCAGGUCGAAUGGGACCGAGUCCUCCACAGACAGAGCAAAACCUUGGCCAUGGCCGUCCAGGAGUAUCAGAGGCGUAACCAUCAAAGACUUCCCCCUAAAGGAUUCGAGAAAUGGUGGCAGUUCGCCGUAGAUAAUCAGGUUGGCUUGGUCGAUGAAUACGACCAAAUUUCAAAAGAUUUGGAACCAUUCUGGGCAAUUGAGCCUUCAAGACUGAGGAAGCUGGUCCAUCAGCUCCAGACAAAGCAGAACAAGCGAAGGCUAAUUUUCGAAGUAGACUGGGAAGGCAGAGUGAACCGCACGGGGGCCUUUGGCGAUUCCGGAAGGGCCAAAGACCUCUCGAAGCUGAUGGAAAGUUACCAGAAGUAUAGCCGGAAGGCCGUCAAGCCAUUCACGAUGGUCAUUGGAGCCGACGACCAGGCCGAAAUAAAGACCACCUGGAGGGAGAGAGUCAGGUUGUUGGAGCUCGCCAAAAAGCACAAAUUCAUCGACGAAGAAGAAGACUUCCAGCUCUCAGAAACCCAUUCACCCUACGACGACUGUCCACCGGACAGUGCCCCGCGAAGUCUGGGGAAAGGCUACAGCAGCUUCGUCUUCGACCACCUCAAAUCCAUGGACAUCUGCUCGAGUCUCGAGCAGGUCCCGAUCCAUGGCUCGUUGAUAUACGCGUCACUCCUUUGGAACAGUAUCGAACUACCUACGGCGAUGUUUAUGACUGGGAUGAUCCUCGUAGGAUUGGAAAAGCUUUUUGGAGAGGCUCUACAACGGACUCUUCACAGUAACGAGAACCCAAGCUGGAAAGACUCGCAUCGACUGAGACUGCACCAACUGACCCGAGCGACCAAGCAGCACAAGCAGCUAAUCGAUGGGACCCAAGUCGACCUGGCACAGGUGAAUCCGCAGUGGUUCGACAUCGGGUUCGUCGGCGAGCCCAUCCAGUGCGAGCCUCCCGUCUGCCAGCAGCUCAAGCAGAUGAUCCACUUUCACGAGUGGGUGGGCGACGAGCAGGCUAAUCUGUACAAAUACGCUCUCGAUGUCGAUGGUAACGGAUGGAGCGGUCGAUUCCAUAAAUUGCUUGCGUCAAAUCGAGUGGUCAUCAAAAAUACGAUUUUUCCGGAAUGGUAUGCGGAUAGGAUCCAACCCUGGUAUCAUUAUAUGCCGGUCAAGACGGACUACUCGGAUUUACAUGACAUGAUGCAUUUCCUCAAAACACACGACCAUUUGGCGAAACAAAUAGCCCAGAACGGCAAGGACUAUAGCGAGAAAUACUGGCGAAAACAAGACAUGGCCGCCUAUAUGUUUCGGUUGUCGUUGGAAUGGUCGCGACUGUAUAACAGAGAGAUCUGUGAGCCUGGUGGUACAAAAACUUUCUGUGAAUCAUACGACUUCGAUUUAAGUUUACUGUGA